AUGCGGCGCAGAUUCCUCGACAUCCUACUCGCUCAGGAGGCUUUGCCAACCGAAACACCAGCUCCGUGCGAGAUCUGCCUGUCAACAACGCAGAUGGGGAGUUAUCGCUGUGAGGACUGCUUUGGAGAGUGUUUGAUGUGCAAGGAUUGCAUAGUAGAGGCUCACCGCAAGCUCCCGCUGCAUCACGUCCAAUGUUGGGAUGACGACUGCUUCUGGCCGGUGUCGCUACGCGAUCUAGGGCUGGAAGUUCAACUUGGCCAUCGUCACAGCGAGACCUGCGGUAAUCCACAUUCGGCGCAUCAGUCAUUCAUCGUCUUCGACGCAAACGGCUACCACUCCGUCAACGUUAAAUACUGUGCAUGCUCGACUACUCUCCCGUUUGAGCAGCUUCUGGAUGUCGGAUGGUAUCCAGCCUCCACUCAACAGCCCCGUACCGUGUUCACAUUUUCCUUCCUCGACACAUUCCAUCGCCUUACGCUUCAGGGUAAAGUCUCGCUUCAUGACUACUAUUUAUCUGUCAUCCACAAGACAGAUAAUGCUGGUCUACAUGAUACCACGUCAAGAUACCACGAAGCAACCCUAGUGACGAGGCAAUGGGCGCAUCUCAUGGCCCUCAAGCGGGCAGCUCGUGGACACGAUCCGUUGGGAAUUGAAGCAACGCCUAAUGGCGCCCUGGUGGUCGUUUGCCCAGCGUGUCCUCAACCGGGCUGGAACAUUCCGGAUGACUGGGAUAAGAGUCCUCCAGAGCAAAGAUGGAUCUACGCGUUAUUCCUUGCCAUUGAUGCCUGUUUUCGUCUGAAAAACAAGGACAGGAAGAUCAACGACCCGGAACUCGGAAGUGGUUGGGCAUAUUACGUAGCUGAGCAGCCGUACAAGCAACACAUUGAGUCGUAUGUGGGGGAAGAGGAGGUGAACCCCUGCGAUUCUGCGUUCAACGCAAUAAAGCAUAUGAGCACCAACAAGUCGAAGCCUGGCGUCAUGUCAACAAGCGGUGUCGGGGCCGUCAAGUGCGCAAGGCAUGCACUUGUCAGACCGAACGGAGUCGCCGAUCUGCAGAAAGGCGAAAAGUACGCGACAAUGGACUACAUAUUCUGGUCCACCCUCCUUCUCCUUGGAUGCACACUCCCCGUCGUUGUCAGUUACGACAUCGCGUGCCAAUGGAAAAAAAACCUGAAGAAAUGCCACGCCGCCUUCCCGGCAUCUUUUGCGGCACUCUCCGCGAUUACUAUGCGAUUUUUCAUUCCUAACAUGCACGUCCAAGGGCAUAUGCUGCUAUGUCAAACUGUGAUGUACUUUCUCCUUCACGAAUUCGUCGGCCUCACGCACGCCGAGACCAUAGAGCAAGAGUGGGCCCAUAUCGGAGGUGUUUCCACGAUGACACGGGACAUGGGCCCGGGUGCACGUCGCCAUACCCUCAACGAUCACUGGGGACAUUGGAAUUUCCGGAAGGUCGUCAAGAUGGGUGAUUUCUUCUUCAAGUCGUUGAUCAACACUCUUCAAGAACGCGCCCGUCACCAAAGAGUUUAUGAAGAGCAUACGUUACGAUUCCGUCCAGAACUCAUUAAGAAGUGGGAGGACAUGAUCCAUGAAUGGGAGCUCGACACGAAGAAACCAAAUCCCUACAAUGAACCCGAGCAAGCCGUUAAUGUAACUCAAUUGAGGAAGGAGCUUGCUGACCAGGACACCCAAGACGCCAUUAUGAACACGGCUACGCUGCAUCCUACAACUGCCAACAUAUUCAUUCGACAAGGAUUUGCUCUACGAGAUCAGCAAUGGUCCGUCGACUAUCAGGCCCAGCAGCUCAAGUCGAAUGCAACAGACACUGCGACGUCGUCAUUGCAGGAGCGGCGCACGGCGCUUCAUCGGAGCAUCCAGGAAUGGUACAACAUACAGAACUCUUACAUGCCAGCAGCUAUUACACGUCGCUCUUCCCAUCCUGCAGGUGAUGACGAGGCAUCUAGCAUAAAAGCCGAAAAUCUUCCGAUUAUGAUGCCAUCCGACAUUCCCGCUCCUCUGCGCAUUGCCGGCUGUAUCGGAGGCGUCAUUGACAUGGAGAAGCAUUACGCCACCGCCAGGAUGAAGGACGGACUCAUCAACAUCCGGCGCUUUCUAUGUGUCAGAUCUUCUGUGCGCCAAAAGAUCAAACAUUCUGUGGGGGGUACGGGCGCUCGACAAGGCACUCGAUCCAAAACACUCUGGGAUGGUAUAUCGAAGAAGCUGCAACAAUCCGUCAAUACGUACCGCUCCGCAUAUGCGGCCGUCAAGAUCUUGGAUCCAUCCGGCGACUGGUCGAUGUUCUAUCGCCGUCUAUCCGAUGACGAUAUCCGCGGUCCUUACCGUGAUGACGUGCUGGACGAAUCAGAACGGAGAAGGACACCUUCGUGGAUAUGGACUGCGCCUGAUGCCUCCAGCGGAAGCGCGGAGAAUGAUGAGAGGGAUGCCGAUGAGCACAUGCGCAGUGAAUGGGCGAGGCAGCGGGCACGAUCGCGAAGAUGCGCCGAAGAAGUUGUACUGCUUGUAGAGGAAAUGAGGCGCGUACUGACGUAUCUCCGCGCGAAGGCUUCCUGGUGGGAUCAACAACAGGACCAACGGAUCGAAGAGAAUCUUCGCCUCAUGCGCGGGCUGAACGCUUACGCUCGGCGUCAAUCGCGCAUACUCACCAGGCUUGGUUCAGUCUUCGCGUCCAGAUGGUUACCUUUGCUCAAGAUUAAGGAUCUCGGAGGCGAGUGGACAUCACAGUUCGACACCGUCCAGGUCGUGUUUGGUAUGUGUCCUUCCUUUGAUCCGAUCCCAAGGAGAUUCAACUCAAAUAACUCAAAGUGGCAGGUACAACGUCAGGUAUGUGCGGCGGAAAUCCUUCGUGUCAACGAAAGCCUGACAGGGUUCUAG